AUGUGGCCAAGCAACACUGUUUUGAUCAUUAUUAACGCGUUGAUCCUUGUGGUUUAUUCUUUGCCGUCGAAUAUUGAUUGGAGUAAUUUGCAGUAUGAUCCAGAUUCGGUUGCACAAAAUGAAAAUAUUCUGAAGCUUUUUCUACAAUUGGCGGUGCAUACUGCAAAUCGUUUAAUGCAUUUGAGAAACGAAACUGAUAAAGAUCAUGAUUGUAAUGGGCUCAAUGAUAAUUUAUCAUCUCCGAUAACUGAAAUUUCCAUAACUCAACCAUUACAUCCAAAUCUAGAACGACCUGAUAAGAGUCAAGACGAAAUCCAGAAUCAUUCGUUCACCAUUGAUUCUGAAAUAAAAAAUAAUGACCGAGUUUUACUAGAAAAUUUGGAUCAAAAUCAAACCAUUCUUUUCAAUUCUACGCAAUCACAGGGACUGUAUAAUCCAAAUAAUUUCCAAGAAGACACUAAUGUUGUUGCACGUAAUUCAAAGGCAAGCAAUUUAAUUCCAAUGCUUGUAAAUAUUCAUAAUGAGUCUGAGAUUGUCAGACCUAAUUACGAUGUCUAUAAUCCUGAUACUUCGCAAAAAUCAAUUAAUUUAUAUACAACAAGCAAUUCGUCAAGUGCAGAUGAAUUUAGCUUUGAGCAAAAUUCUCAAAAUGUAAUAAUAGAUGGUAUUAGUGAAAGAUUAUUUAAUCCAAUCAAUUUAAUAACAAACAUUUCAAGUGCAACGAUUAUGAAUGAUUUAACUGAAAAUAACUUUACUGUGAAUAAGUUGCUUCCAGAAUCAGAAAAUAUACAAGAAUCGAAGUCUGAAGUGAGUCAACGAUUGUUUGGUGUAGAUCUAUCAAAAAAUGUUGAGAGUACAAAAAUUAUGAAUGAUUUACAUAAAAAUGUGAAUCAACCUAACCAAUGGUCACAGAAUACACAAAAACAGUUAGAUAAAAACAAUAGUAAUUUAUGA